AUGACGUACAAGUUUGGGGCGGGGCCAUCUGAGGAAGAGGAAAAGGGAGCUCUCGGUCUUUGUACGGCAUUUUUCAAGCGCCAGCUUCUCUGUGGCGAUGCUUAUUGUGCCUGGGAGCUGACACUGUUUUGGAGUAAACUUCUUAUACGGCUUGAAUCAAAACAGGCCUUUUUGGAGCAAUGCAGACUGUUAGCACGCCUCUCUGGGAGUGUGUACCAUAUUCUGCUCCUCAUCAAAGUCAUUCAGGCUGAGGUUGAGAAAGGUGGACUUUCAGUGUGCAUCGAAAUGUGCAUUCAAGCACUAAAAAUGGGAGUCAGUGAUAACGAGGGCUGCAAUAUCUCCAUCUGCAAAACAAUCUCUUGUUUGCUGCCUUUAGACUUGGAAGUAAAACAGGCUUGUCAACUCACUGAGUUCCUGAUAAAGCCAUCUUUGGAUUCUUAUUAUGCUGUUGAGACUCUCUUUAAUGAGCCCGACCAAAAGCUUGAGCAGGAUGAUCCACCGAUUCUAAAUUCACUACGCUGUGACCUGUUGUUGGCCUUAAAGACUAAGUGGCCUUUCGAUCCAGAGUUCUGGGACUGGAAAACCCUAAAACGUCAAUGCCUUGCUUUGAUGGGUCAGGAGGCAGCAGCUAUAUUGUCUACUGACAAAUUUACUGACAGUGAAGACAAUGAAGUCCAUGACCUUGAUGAGAAAUAUUUUAGACAUCUGCAUUUUACCCAUAGUCCUACUUAUGAACUCGGUGAGGUUGAAGGAGGAAGAAAGAAGAAAAAGGAAAUGAAGAAGAUGAGAGAGAGGGGAUUUGUUUCUGCUCGAUUCCGCAAUUGGCAAGCUUAUAUGCAGUAUUGUGUUUUGUGUGAUAAAGAGUUCCUUGGACACAGGAUUGUGAAGCAUGCAUUGAAGCAUGUCCAAGAUGGGAUUUUCCAUUGUCCAAUAUGUACUGAGACUUUUGAAACUAGAGCAAUUCUAGAGCCUCAUGUGGCAUCACAUGUGAAACAGUCAUGUAAGGAGCGCCUUGCUGCUAUGGGUGUGAGCAAGAAACGUCCCAGUUCUGACACCAAGUUAACAGCAGCUAGCAGUACUUCGAGCAGAGCAGAAGAGCACUAUAGCAGAGAAGAGCACUACAGCAAAACUGCUGCAAUAGUUAGCCAAGGGACAAUUUGCAAUAAUCUGUAUGCUUCAAAUGGUAGUCCCAUCACAAAUGUGAAAAGUAAAAUUAAGUCGUCAUCCCCAAAACAGGGCAACCCUAUUCGUGAUGUUAACAACACUAAACUUUGUUCCUGCCCUGUUACAAGCUGUCAGAAAGUUUUUAAGUACUUCAGGAAUUUGGUUGCACAUGUUAAGGCCCACAAAAAUGAGCGGGAAGCAACACAUUUCCUUGAAAUACAGAGCCAGAAGGCUUUGUGCCAAUAUUGUCACCGCCAGUUUGUUAAUGUGACCCAUCUUAAUGAUCACUUACAGAUGCAUUGUGGUGAGAAGCCAUAUUUUUGCAUUCAGCUUGGAUGUAACUGCAGCUUUUCCUCUCAUGCUGAGCUUCUGAUACACAGAAAAGAACAUGCUGAAUUUAAGGCACAGUGUGCAUAUCCAAACUGUGAGAGAAUAUUCAACGAGACAUACUUGCUAUAUGAUCAUGAAGCGCAGCACUACAUGUUGUUCUCCUGCAAAAGUCAUAACUGUGACAAGGUGUUCUACACCUUGUCUGAGCUAAAUUUGCAUCAGAAAGGACACACAAAGCAGGACCGCUCUGCUGUUGAUGUGGGCUCACCUUCUCAACUGGAAUUACCAGCUUCGACUUGUCCUGCCUUAGAGUUGCCUCCAAGCCAAAUUAAAGAGAUUUCUCAAGAGUCUACCCCAGUAGAAAUGAAAUGCACGGUUGAAAACAUAGUAGACACUCAUGAUUCCACAGAACAACCUAAGCACCUUGUAUCAGGAACAGCUAAGUUGACAGUAAGCAAAAAUGAUUCCCAAACUAAUGCUAUUCAGCCUGAUGGAUCGAAGACAUCUCAUUGUCUUGGGAGAACAAAGCAAAUGCAUCUUGAAUCAUGCUUUGUAAAACUGCAGGCUAUUCCCAUCAAGUGCAAUGAUCCAAUAUAUUUAAAUGCUCUAAAGGAUGCUGACUGUGAAACUCAAACACUCUUGAAAGACAAGAAAUUGUUUUCUUUCCCACAGAGUCAGCUUGAGCCUUCAACAUUGAAGUCAUCUCCCUCUGUGACAAAAGCCAACAGAGAAGAAGGUCUGACUCAUGUGUGUCCAUUCGAAACCUGUACACGGAAAUACAGCACCUCAAAAAGUUUAUCGCGACAUGUCAAAAAUGUUCAUUCGGAGGCCUUUGAGGAGUGGAAGCUGUCAAAGAAGUACAAACGGAUUGCGGAAAUUGCUGCAAAAAAAUCUUCUUCUGAGCACGCAACCGCUAGUUCUCAGAUACCAAAAUGGACAAGCCGUUCCAAACAAACUGAACAUACUGCAUUUCUGGACUCAGUGAUUCAAAGUCCUUCUUCUGCUUUUUAUCACGAUAGUAUGCAGUCUGCAAGUGCCAAGCUUUGCUCUCAGCUUGAAAACACUCAAAGUGCAACAUCACCAAACCCGACAGGUCUGAUGCAGUUACCAAUAACUCAGACAUGGGAAACACCCUCAAUGGAAAAUUUGGAUUCAGGUUUUUCUGUAAAUGAUCCUUACCGCUCUACGAUUUUAUCUGACAACCAACACACAAACCCGUCAUACCAAUCUGACACAGUCUUAAAUUAUGCAUCUCCCUCAUCUUACGAUGACAUCAUCCCCCUUUCUGUGAAUGCCCACACACCCUCCAGUGUGAUGAACGAAGCCUCAAAAUAUGUGUCAAGCUCUCUUAGAGUACUACAUGCACUUAACAGCGAUCAGACUUGUGACUUGUCACAGGUUGAGUCAAGUGUUAAUCCUGGAUUCAGUCAAAUUGGACAAAACCAUCUCAAUGAUAUUUCCAUGAGCACUGGUUUGCUGCAAACAGGAUCAUUCUCUGGACACAAUGUCAGCCUUUAUUUUUCAACUUUGCCUUCCGAGGAAAGUUCUAUUUCAGUGCAGCCAUUGGCAAAUUCAAACAAAGAAAUCAGCACUGAUAGUACCGAUGCAUUAUUCUCAUCAGAUAUCAAAUGUAUGUCGAAUCUUUUAAACCCUCAAUUUAAGGAAUCGGGAGAAGAUUUCUUUGGUGCUGCCCCCCUGACUGAUGAGAAAAGGCCAGAAGAUUUAUGUAAUCAUGAACUGUCACAGGAAGGAACUGAAGGAAUUGCUUCAGAUGACCAGAACAUUUCAGGUUUUGGAGAAACUGGGAAAUCCAAAAAAAUUAAAUCAUCUAAGAGAACAAAAUGGCCUGCCAUAAUACAAGAUGGGAAAGUCAUUUGCUGCAGGUGCUAUAGAGAGUUUUCAAGCACAAAGUCACUAGGAGGUCAUUUAUCAAAACGUUCUCAGUGCAAACCUGUUGAUGAAAUUGAUCUUACUGCUGAUUUACCAGUAUCAUUUCUUGAUUUUCUGAAUGAUCCUGACAUUUCAACGGUGCAAAUGCCUCUCCCUGCGAAUGACAUACAUGAGCACAAUCUCAAAUCCUGCAUCUAUGCACCAUCAGAAUCAAAUAUCUUUAAUGGGAACACUUUAACAAGCAUGCAUAGCACAGACAGCCUCCAGAACACUAAUAUGUCCUCUCAAGACCCCUCUGAAGUGACUAGAAAUGGCAGUUUCUUCCAUCCACCUGUAACAAACACAGGCACAGAAAUCAAAACUGAAGUUGAAUUCACGCCUGCAAAUACUGGUGAAGAUGGCAAAAUCAUAGAAAUUGAAAGGGCACUACAGCGGCUUGAUUUAGUUGAUAUACUUAGUCAAGACAAAUGUGUAUCUGUGAGCACUAACCUGCAUGAUCUAAGCUCUGAAGCUGUCACCAGAAAUGAUCAGUGUCACACAAUUAAAGAUCCUGUACAAAACGAGCAGAAAUGUUUUUUAAAGCCCUUUAGAUGUAAAGAAGGCUGUGUUUAUGGAGCAAUGACAAAAGAAGCUUUAUUUAAACACCUUAGCCGUGUACAUGAUUACAGUGAGGAAAGGAUAAAUGAAAUGAAGAAAAACCCUGACAAAUUAGCACCUUACAACUGUCAUCAGUACCCGUGCAUGAUUGAGAGUUGUGAUUCAGUAAUGAGUGCUGAACACAGUAUAAUAAAACAUUACACCACUCAUGGUCUCACAGAACGGUACAUUGAGGAUCGGAGAAGCCAGUUCAUAUUUUGCAAGAAAAGCAAUGAGAUGCCCAGAGCAGAUAAUACCUCAAAAAAUGUUGAGGUUGCGGAAACAGUCUCUGAUGGAGAUCAAACAGAGAAUUCAAAGGUCAGUUCUCAAGAUGUAGGCCCAGAGCCUGCAACGGAGGUUGUAGUUAAUGAAGGUUUCGCUUCCACAACCAUACCAGUAAUCAAACGAAAAAGGGGUCGUCCACGGAAGUCAGAAUGUAGAAACAAAAUCAGUGUCGAGAGAAAACAAAGUCUUCGGAACUGCUCUGCUGAGCAUGUUAAAUGUUUGCUGAAAGUCUCAGGAUCCAUAUUGAACUCGUCAAACUCUCAAGGGAACCAUGAAGUUGCACUAAAACUUUAUAAGCCUUCAGAGUUUGAGACAUCCGUCCUGAAGUUCAGUGAAGACUCUCUAUCCAAUCAAUCAAAACGACAGCGAACACUUCAACCAAUCAUCCCAGAGAGAGAUCAAGUCCAAUGCAUUGUUAAUUUCAGAAAUCCACUAAAGAUUGAGACUGUGGAGAAUGUUAAAAUUGUUAUGUAUGAAAACGUAUCCACUUCUUCUGAACUUCUGCUAAGGCAACUUCAAGAUAUGCAGCCUAUGGUUAUCCUGACAAAGGGGCUGCACAGUUGAUGGUUAGAUGGUUAUAUAUAUAUAUAUAUAUAUAUAUAUAUUAAUCAAGGCCUUGUUCUCAGGACCACAUACUGUGUCACAUGCUGCUGACAUGUACAUCCAAUUACACUCUUGCAUUUAUAGUAGUUCCAACACCUUGUUUGUUAAUGGAUUUUGAUUAGUGCU